AUGAGAAGAGGACAAGCACAAAACAGCGUAGAUACGGUGGCAGUGGCAAUAGACAAGGACAAAUCAAGUCAAUAUGCUAUCAAAUGGACAGUUGAAAAUAUUCUCGCCAGGGGCCAAGCUCUCACACUGCUCCAUGUUAAACACAGAACUGCAGUUUCCAGCCAAACCAGGGGCAUGGUUCCUAUAUCUGAAGUUACAGAGGAGGCUGCAAAAGCGCACAAAAGCCAACUUGAAGCUCAAGCCAAUGAGUUGUUUCUACCGUUCCGCUGCUUUUGCGCAAAAAAGGAUCUAAAAUGCAAUGAAGUCAUAAUUGAGGAUACAAAUACAGCAAAAGCACUGGUUAACUAUGUUAUCAAUAAUUCAAUUGACAUUUUGGUACUUGGCGCACCAGCAAGACACGGCCUUCUCAGAUUCAGAACUACGGACGUUCCAAGCACCGUGUCAAAAGAGGCACCGGAUUUCUGCACUGUGUAUGUCAUUGGCAAAGGAAAGGUCUCAUCUAUGCAUUGUGCUACCAGAACAUUGCCCCGUAAAGCUUCCUCACAUAAUCAAAUACAGGACCAACCCAGCAAAGUUUUUGAAUCAAAUGACACAUUCAAUCGCAACCAGCAACCUAGAGCAUCAGCGAGGACUAAGUAUCCACCCCGUAGUAUACUAGAUGGCAUUGAAAUCAGGUCGCCAUUCACAAGAGCAACAGCUUCAAAUAACAAAUCAUAUGAGCUCUCGUCAGAGACCGAUAUAUCAUUCGUGAGUAGUGGAAGGCCAAGUGUGGAUAAAUUGUUUCCUUCUUUCUACGAUGGUCUGGAAUCAGGACCUCGAAGUUCAAUCAGCUCAGAUAUGGACACCAUAAGCUCUACAUCAUCUUACUCAGGACACAAGUUCAUUGACAUGAACUCUUUACAACAUGAACUCUCAUCCUCCUCAAUUGAAAGUGAAAAUUCAUGGUCAUCACGGAAUAUGGAUGAAAUGGAAGCUGAAAUGAGGAGGCUCAGGCUAGAGCUCAAGCAAACGAUGGACAUGUACAGUACAGCCUGCAAGGAGGCACUCGCGGCAAAACAGAAGGCAAUGGAACUUCAACAAUGGAAAUUGGAAGAAGAACGGAGAUUACACGAGGCACGAAUAGCUGAGGAAGCUGCAUUGGCACUUGCAGAUGAGCAGAAAAUAAAAUGUAUGGCAGCCAUGGAGGCUGCAGAAUCAGCUCAAAGGAUUGCAUUACUGGAAGCACAGAAAAGGAGGAAUGCAGAAAUGAAAGCCCUUAGAGAAACUGAGAGGAAGAAGGCAUUAGAAGCAAAAACAUAUGAUUUCAUGUACAGGAAAUACACAAUUGAGGAGAUCGAAGUAGCAACAAAUAAUUUUUCAAACGUAAACAAGAUUGGGGAAGGAGGCUAUGGGCCAGUAUACAGAGGUGAACUAGACCACACACCAGUGGCAAUAAAAGUUCUAUGUCCUGACGCAGCUCAAGGACGGUCACAGUUCCAGCAAGAGGUUCAAGUAUUGAGUUGCAUGCGCCAUCCAAACAUGGUUCUCCUUCUUGGAGCCUGCCCAGAGUAUGGUUGCCUGGUCUAUGAGUACAUGGCUAAUGGGAGCUUAGAAGACCGUCUCUUCCGGCGAGGUAACACCCCAGUUAUUCCUUGGCAACUAAGGUUCCAUAUAGCUGCAGAAAUUGGCACCGGCCUUUUGUUCCUUCAUCAUACCAAGCCAGAACCCCUUGUACACCGUGACCUGAAACCCGGAAACAUUUUGCUAGACCAUCACUAUGUGAGCAAGAUCAGUGAUGUUGGUUUGGCCAGGCUAGUGCCUCCAUCAGUAGCCGAUUCAGUCACUCAAUAUCAUAUGACAUCAACAGCCGGAACAUUCUGUUAUAUAGACCCAGAGUAUCAGCAAACUGGGAUGCUUGGAAUCAAAUCUGAUAUCUACUCACUUGGGGUCAUGUUUCUACAACUAAUAACAGCCAAGCCACCAAUGGGUUUGACUCAUCAUGUUCAGCGGGCUAUGGAGAACGGGACUUUCCAAGAGAUGCUUGACCCUGCUGUUCCUGACUGGCCAGUUGAGGAAGCCUUAAAGUUUGCCAAGAUNGCUUUACAAUGUGCCGAAAUGAGGCGUAAAGACAGACCGGAUCUUGGCAAUGUUGUGCUNCCUGAGCUGAACAGAUUGAGAAAACUAGCCGAAGAUAACAAGACGAUGUUAUAA